UGUAAUAAUCUGUGCCUUAUCGGACUGAAAGAUGUGAACCGACCUUAAAGUGUUUACGAAUCGUGGAAACAUGGAACAUUCGUAACGCUUAUCUCAGUGAAAAUUGCAGCAGCAGUCUUUCGUUUUUAGUAAAAUAAAUAACUUCGCGUAUCGUGUGGUUUUAUUAAAACUAGCUUUUUUAUAUCAUUACUAUAAAAUGCAGUCCGAAAAUAAAUUUAAAUCCAAAAUUGUCGUUGUUGGUUCUUGCAGUAUAGACUUUACAACAUAUUCAGCUAGACUUCCUACACCUGGCGAGACGCUUAUUGGCAAGAAGUUCACAACAAGUUUCGGAGGAAAGGGUGCUAAUCAAAGUGUUGCUGCAGCCAAAACGGGUGGCAAUGUUUAUAUAAUUUGUAGAGUGGGUGAUGACCAAUGGGCUGAGAAAUAUAAAGAACACUUAAAACAUGUGGGAGUAGAUGUAACUAAUGCUUAUGUGACGAAAAAUACUACUACUGGAAUUGCUCAAAUAACAGUAGCUGAUAAUGGAGAGAACCAAAUUGUUAUAGUUCCUGGUGCUAAUGAGCAUCUUAGCAAAUCUGAUGUAGAUUAUGCUAAAGAAUUGAUAAAGAAGGCUGAUGUUCUUAUCGGACAAUUAGAGACUCCAUAUGAAACUACUUUAGAAGCAUUUAAAUUAAAUGACGGAAUUAAAUUACUGAAUGCUGCUCCUGCUAGGGCACACAUUGAAACAAUUCUGCCUUAUUGUACAAUUUUGUGCGUAAAUGAACCUGAAGCUUCACAAAUUGUUAAUUUUGAUGUCAAUGUUUCCAAUAUUAAAAGUGCACUUGAAAUAUUAUUACAAAGUGGGUGUAAAAUGGCAAUAAUAACAUUAGGAGCGAAAGGUGCAGCCUACUCCUCGAAAAAUACAGGGGAAUGUAUUCAUGUUUCAAGUAAUAAAGUGGCAGCAGUGGACACCACAGGCGCCGGGGAUGCUUUUGUUGGUGCGUUGGCUAGUCUCCUUGUUAAUUUCAAAAACCAACCAUUUCAUCAACUAAUUGGUGCUGCUUGUGAAUAUGCUACUUUGACCGUAACACUAGAAGGAACACAAACAAGUUAUCCUGAAAAAUAUAUUCCAUUUACUAAGCAAUACGAUUAUGUAACUCUGUGAAAAAAUCUAUUUACGAUGAACUGAAGUUAGUGGGAGUUGAAAUAAAACAUUUAUAUAUAUCUAAA